CAGAAGGGGACAAAGAGUUUGUAGAAGACUUGAGUGGACAGGAGAGUAAACAAAACAAGAAAAAUGCCGAAACCAAUCAAUGUCAGAGUAACCACAAUGGAUGCAGAGUUGGAGUUUGCCAUCCAACCCAAUACAACAGGCAAGCAGCUCUUUGAUCAGGUGGUGAAAACUGUUGGUCUUCGUGAAGUCUGGUUUUUUGGGCUACAAUAUGUGGACAGCAAAGGCUACUCAACUUGGCUGAAAUUAAAUAAAAAGGUAACACAGCAAGAUGUAAGGAAAGAAAAUCCUUUGCAGUUCAAGUUCAGGGCUAAGUUUUUUCCAGAGGAUGUAUCUGAAGAAUUAAUUCAGGAAAUAACUCAGAGACUUUUCUUCCUGCAAGUCAAAGAAGCGAUCUUAAAUGAUGAAAUAUAUUGCCCACCAGAAACUGCAGUUCUUCUGGCUUCUUAUGCUGUCCAGUCCAAGUAUGGAGAUUACAGUAAGGAGAUACAUAAACUGGGCUACUUGGCCAAUGACAGACUUCUCCCUCAGCGAGUGUUAGAACAGCACAAACUGACAAAAGAACAGUGGGAAGAAAGAAUACAGAAUUGGCAUGAAGAGCACAGGGGAAUGUUAAGGGAAGAUUCUAUGAUGGAAUACCUUAAGAUAGCACAAGACUUGGAAAUGUAUGGAGUCAACUAUUUUGAAAUAAAGAAUAAAAAAGGAACUGAAUUGUGGCUAGGAGUUGAUGCUUUGGGUUUGAAUAUUUAUGAGCAUGAUGAUAAGCUGACACCCAAGAUUGGUUUUCCUUGGAGUGAAAUAAGAAACAUCUCUUUUAAUGACAAAAAAUUUGUCAUAAAGCCAAUUGACAAAAAGGCCCCUGAUUUUGUUUUUUAUGCACCUCGUUUGAGAAUUAACAAGCGGAUUUUGGCACUGUGUAUGGGAAAUCAUGAAUUGUACAUGAGGAGGAGGAAACCUGAUACAAUUGAAGUGCAACAGAUGAAGGCCCAGGCUAGAGAAGAGAAACAUCAGAAACAAUUGGAAAGGGCACAAUUAGAAAAUGAGAAGAAGAAAAGGGAGAUAGCAGAAAAGGAAAAGGAAAGAAUAGAGCGUGAAAAGGAAGAAUUAAUGGAACGCUUAAGACAAAUCGAGGAACAAACAAUGAAAGCUCAGAAAGAGCUAGAGGAACAGACUAGAAGAGCUCUAGAGCUGGAUCAGGAACGGAAGCGCGCGAAAGAGGAAGCGGAGCGUCUGGAAAAGGAGCGUCGAGCAGCCGAAGAAGCUAAAGCUGCUCUAGCCAAGCAGGCAGCUGAUCAAAUGAAAAACCAGGAGCAGCUAGCAGCAGAACUUGCUGAAUUCACUGCCAAGAUUGCACUUCUAGAGGAGGCCAAGAAAAAGAAAGAAGAGGAAGCCUCAGAAUGGCAGCACAAAGCUUUUGCAGCCCAAGAGGACUUGGAGAAGACCAAAGAAGAACUGAAAUCUGUGAUGUCUGCUCCUCCUCCACCUCCUCCCCCACCAGUUAUUCCUCCAACAGAGAAUGAACAUGAUGAACAUGAUGAGAACAAUGCUGAAGCCAGUGCAGAACUCUCUUCUGAUGGUGUCAUGAAUCACAGGAGUGAGGAAGAGCGGGUAACAGAAAAACAGAAAAAUGAACGUGUUAAGAAACAGCUCCAGGCUUUAAGUUCUGAGUUGGCUCAAGCCAGAGAUGAAACCAAGAAAACACAAAAUGAUGUCCUUCAUGCUGAGAAUGUUAAAGCAGGCCGAGAUAAGUACAAGACUCUCCGACAAAUCCGACAAGGCAAUACAAAGCAGCGUAUUGAUGAGUUUGAAGCAAUGUGAGAGCUGUUCUUUUGCAUAUAUGUUCCUCGUAAAGCUGAACCACCAACAGAGAAAAAAGCAGGCCUUUGCAUAUUUGAUGGAUUGCACCCCACUUUGCCAAAGCACUUAAUACCAGUUUGACUACAGUGGCUAGAAGACAAAUUUAGGGGAAGCUAUUCAACAGCAAGGCAGUCUGUCAUCCCUAGGAUUUUCUGGGGGAGGGUGUGGAGAACAAUAACAGGAUUUUUUUCCCCGUCAUGUUUUCAGUUUCACUGUUUCAUUUUUUUUCUUUGGAAACUGAUGUGAAGUAUAUUAUGACUGACAAGUGUACCUUAAACAUUAAGAAAUAGAAGGGAAAAUGGAACCAAACCUAAACUGGAUAAGUACUAUUUCAGUAUGAA